AUGGUUGUUAAUCUUACUGAAAGAAGAAUGAGGAAUUUUAUUUGGGGGUAUGUGGAAGAUAAAAAGAAGAUGCAUAGGCUAUGUUGGAAGAAACUUGCUGCGCCUAAAGAAAAAGAGGGGCUUGGGCUGAGAAGAAUUGUGGAUAUUGAUUUAGCUUCUAAAUGUAAUUUGGCCUGCGAUUUCUUACUGUCAAAGGACAGAAUUUGGGUGGCUUGGUUUGAGAGAUGUUACUUGAAACAGGCCUCCUUUUGGAAUAUGGUUCCUAAGGUUACAAGUUCUUCUAUCUGGAAGAGCAUAAUUGUAAUACGAGGUAUUAUGAAAGGGAAUUGCAAGUAUAAAAUCAGGAAUGGGCAGAACAUUGAGGUAUUUAUAGACCCUUGGUAUGAAGGUCAGUUCUUGGGUGAUUCAUUUAGUCACAGGCUUUUGAGAUAUCUCAACAGCAAUAAGAUGAGUUGCUUAAGUGAGUUCAUUGUUAAUAACCAAUGGGAUGAUGAGAGAAUGCUGAAUACAAAUCAGGAAGUUAUGCAAUUAGAAAAUACAUGGUGGGGAAGAUACUUUGAAAUGGAAAGAUAA